AUGGAUAUGGCACUGUAUUAGUCAGAAAAACCCCUCAAUCUCAAAUGGAGGCGGUUAGGGUUCUUAACAGUGGCGAAUCUUUCGGUGAAUUAGCCUUGUUACACAAAUAACCAAGACUUACCACUAUUUCAUGUAAUAUAGAUUACAAUUUCGCCAUCCUGGAUAAACACUAAUUUAAACAUAUUUUAUAAGAAGAAUAAUAAAAAAACUGGAUUAAGUAAAAUUACUUUACUAUUUUAAGAAUAUUGA